CUUCCCUCCGAAACACGGAAAAGGAGUGUGAAUAAAUGAGUGCACUGCAGCUGUAGAUGAAACUGUGCUUUAAUGUUUGACGUUUUCAAGGAGAUGAGCUAGCAUCGGCAUCUACACAUCAAGAAAUCACUCUUUCUCUUCAGGUCUCUGGAAGCAGAGCAGUAGGUGUUCAUCAUGGGUCUGUUAUCCGACCCGAAUCGCAGAAAAGCUCUGACCAACCUCCUGACCCGCCUCAACACACCCAUAUGCGUGGUGUGCUACCUGGCAGCGAUAGUGUGGUUCAUGGGUCUGGCGUUCGAGCCCUUCACGCUACGCACAUACAUGUCGGAGAACGCCAUGGGCUCCACAAUGGUGGAGGAGCGUUUUUCUGCAGGAGAACGAGCUCUGGCUGCUGCAAAAGAGUUUGACGCUCACAAACGAAAAGCAGAUGGAAUGCCGGUGGAGUGGCUGGUGAAGGCGAUGCAGGCUCGAGGACUGGAGGUGUUCACACAGAGCUUCUCUCGAAAACUGCCCUUCCCUGAUGAGAACAAGGAAAGAUAUAUGGUUCGAGGCACAAAUGUUUAUGGGAUUUUGCGGGCGCCUCGAGCUCCCCGGACAGAAGCACUCGUGAUCAGUGCCCCCUGCACUCCUGGAAGUACCAACAAUCAGGCCGUCGGGAUCCUGCUGGGCCUCGCACAAUACUUCAGGAAUCAGGUUUACUGGGCCAAAGACAUCAUCUUUUUGGUGAAUGAGCAUGAUCUUAUUGGCAUGCAGGCCUGGCUGGAGGGAUACCACCACACUAACAUUACAGGAAUGGAGUACUCUCCUCUGCAGGGUCGAGCAGGUUCGAUUCAGGCCGCUCUGUCAUUGGAGCUCAGCAGUGAUGUCAUUACCAGUCUUGAUUUGGUUUUAGAGGGACUCAAUGGUCAGCUGCCCAAUCUGGACCUGGCCAAUCUCUUCUAUGCAUUCUGUCAGAAGCUCAGCGUUCUGUGCACCAUUCAGGGAAAGCUCCAGAGGAAUGACUGGGACUCUGCUGAGGGCUACACCCAUGCGGCUCAGACCAUGAUGCUGAUGGUGUUAAAACAAGCUUCUGGACGCUCCUGGGGAGAUCACGGCCUCUUCCUCCGAUAUCACAUCGAAGCUGCUUCAAUCCGCGGCAUCAACAGUUUCAGACACUACAAGAUGGACGCCACCACCAUUGGCAGAUUGCUGGAGGGAAUGGUCCGAAAACUAAACAAUCUCUUGGAGCGUCUUCAUCAGUCAUAUUUCUUUUACUUGUUGCCUUCUCUGUCUCGGUUUGUCUCCAUCGGCUACUACAUGCCAGCGUUUGGCCUGCUGGCGGUCAUCUUACUGCUCCGAGCGCUGGAUCUCUGGGUUCAUCUGGGAGCUCCUGCCCUGUCAGAAGCGGAUGGAGUCAGUGAAGCCGAGCAACCGUCCAGUCCAGGGGUGCUGUCCGUGUUGACCCCAGUGGUGAUCAGUCACCUGACCGGUGUGGCGCUGUAUCUACUUCCUGUUUACCUGCAGGAAAUUGCUGUGGAGCACUUCCCUGUGUCCGAGACCGAAGCUGUGGUGCUGACCGCUCUUGCCAUCUACACUGCAGGCCUGGCACUGCCACACAACACACAGCGGUUGUUGUCUGGCGAGGGCACGGAGCAGGGCUGGAAAGUGCUGAAGCUGACGUCUUUGCUCUAUCUAGCGGUGCUGUUGGGCUGCACUGCUCUCAUUAACUUCUCUCUGGGCUUCAUCCUGGCCGUCACACUGGUGCCAAUCACUGCCAGCAUCACACCACACAUGCUCAAAUCUGUGAGCGCUCUGGCUAUGAUGCUCCUCAGUCCAGCCUUCACCAUCUUCUACUGCGUCUUCAUCUAUCAGGAGCUGAUGGAGGCGCCGGUCAGCCUUUCUGAGGGAUUCACGAUCUUCCUGUCCGUCAUUUCUCAGGGAAUUCUCGACCAUGCGCUCUAUGGGUCACUCGUCUAUCCGCUUUUAGCCCUGUUCGUUUAUCCCUGCUGGCUGAUGUUCUGGAACAUUCUCUUCUGGAAAUAAACGUGUGAAGGAGCUUCUGCUGGAGUCCAAAUAAUCACACUCUUAAAGGUUUGUUGUCCUUCUGCACUGCAAAAAUGCUUUCUUACGUAGAGUUUUUGUCUCGUUUCUAGUCUGAAUGUCUACACAUUCUUAAAUCAAGAAGCAUUUUCUAGACGAGCACAAAAUGUUCAGAAAUAAUGAGUCAAAAUGAAGUGAGUUUUCAUUAAAACAUGUUAAAGAAUCUGCUAAUGGUGGAAGCAAAAUAAUCUUGUUUUUGCUUUGAUUUAAUAUUAUUUUAAUUGACCCCCAUUGGCAGAUUAUUUGGCUUGUUUUAAGGAAAAACUCCCCUCAUUUUGACUCAUUAUUUCCUAAAACAAGACAAUAAUCUUUGCUCGUCUAGACAAUGCUUCUUUAUUUAUGAAUUUUUAGACAUUUGGACUAGAAACAAGACAAACACUUUAGGUAAGAACAGCUUUUAUUUGCAGUGUGUGGGCAUUAUCUACCAUUAGAAGCUGGUGGAUGAAUAUGUAAGAGGACGUCAGGCCCAAAUAAAGAGGAUUUUGUUGGUAA